AUGCUGCCACCCAGCAUCCAGAUCCACGAGGGACCUGGCCAAGUUGUUGUCAAGCUCGCUGACGGGAAACCACGCCGCGUAUCAUGGCGCGAAGUGUCGUUGUCGUACACGUUUGACGGCUUUCGCAGUAACGACAAUUUCUUGGUGAUUGAAAUGAAUUACUCAUUCGAUUGCAUCCUGGGCAUGCCAUGGUUGGCACGCUAUAAGCCCCAGAUCGACUGGUUAGCCAGAUCAGUGAGACGUCGAAGCAAGUUCGACAUCAGCGAAGUGUUCACCCAUCUCUUGGUGUCUCCAAGUAAUUGGCCGAACGUUACAGUCGUGGAUCGUACAUCCACGACACCGGCGGUACACAGAGUGAGCGAUGGCCCUCUCUGUACCGCUUGUUCCGUGCCCCUACGCACGAGUGAUGAUGUCUCCUCGCUUUGCAGCGAGGAUUCCGACGUGGACGAGCAGUGGCUCCCGCGUAAUGACGACGCGGACGAGCAGUGGCUCCCGCGCGACGACGACGCGGUCGAACAGCGGUUCCCGCACGAGAGAGCAGUGGUCGAACACGAACAAGUGUUUCCACCUGCACCCAUUGUGGUCGAGCAGAGGCUCCCACAAGGGCAAGAUGUGGCCGAGCAGGGGCUCGCCACCGAGUGUGACGUGGAUGGACAAGAGUCCCCACGUGCGAACAUGAUGGUCGAACAGGGGUUUCCAUCGUCGCCUACUGUGGUCGAACAGAGUUUCCCACAUGAGCAAGACGUGGUCGAGCAGGGGCUCCCACACGAGUUUGUGGCGGUAGGGCAGGGGCUCCCGCAUCAUGCGUCGACGGACGAGUAUGGACUACUCCCGUCACGCGAUUUCGACGUCCUGGAUGAGGACAUCCAGCUUCUAGAGGUGGGGGGGUGCAGAUUUAACACCUGA